AUGGUAGUCCAGAGGGUUUCUUCCCAAGCUCUCGGCUUGAGACAAGAGGAUCCGUUAUCUCCUUUACUUUUUGUUAUUGUUAUGGAGGCAUUAAGUAGGAUGAUCUUAGCCUUAGUGACUAAUGGUUCUAUCAGUGGUUUCCAGAUUGGAUCACCGAAUAGGGGUAAUACAACUAUUUCUCAUUUGCUGUUUGCAUAUGACACGCUUAUCAUGUGCGAGGCUGAUCAAGCCCAGUUGAGGGUUGUGAAGGCAUUGCUACUGUGUUUUGAAGUAGUGUCUGGUUUAAAAGUGAAUUAUGAUAAAUUCGAGUUUGUACCGAUUGGAAAAGUUCAGGAUAUAAGGGAGCUGGCGGGCAUUUUGAGUUGUAAGAUAGCGUAUCUACCUAUGACUUAUCUGGGAUUUCUGUUGGGUAUAGCACCGAGCACCAAAGAUGCCACAGUGGCGGAGAUUAUGGAAGUCUCAGGUAGGAACAUUCACUGGAACAUCAAUUUCAACCGAGCGGCACAGGAAUGA